AUGAGCGCCGCGGCGGACGUUAUCGUCCUCUCUUCAUCCCCAGAUUGCAUGCCCAAAGGCUCUCCAGCGCAGCCUGUUCAUGAUCCCGUGAAGCUGUUCGAUUUGUCCCCGCCAAGUUCAUCCCCCUCUCCGGUACGAUCGCCAUCAGAGUUAUUUCAACUUCCUACGCGCUCCAGGUUUUUCGAGGUUGAAACCCCAUCACGGAAUAAGGAAAACAAGACACCCAAGGAACCGCCGGCCAGAAAGCUUCAUUCUAGCUUGAAAUCGAAAAGCACUUCCUUAGAGGACAAACCAAAGCGGAGGGGGAGAAAGCCCGCAAGUGAGUCGCAGACGGUACUUAGUGGUCCGGGGCCCGCUGGCCUAGCACAAGAGGGCACGCCGGAGAAAACUACAGGCGCCAGGACGAAGCGCGUAGAUAACGAGGGCAAGCGUGGAAAAGCUGCGAACAAGAUCAUAACAGGGAGGGUUGCGAAGUCUGGCAAUGCGCAGACUAAAUCGCUCCAGGAGAAGAUUAUGGAUGUGUCGACCCCGAAAGCAGUAUCGCAAUCGAAACCUUCCGGCGAGGCUGUUGAUCUGGGCAACGAUGGACUACAAUUAGAAGCUGCUGUGAAGCGGAGAAUGGAUUGGACGCCCACUAAGGAUACCACUGUGCAAACGGUAGGGUUGAGUCGGGAGGAAGUGGCAGAAGCCAACCCCAAAAGUUUUGGUGGCCUGUUAUCUGAGUACAGCUUCAGUGAUGUUUCUUCAGCUUGCAGUGAUGGUAGGAACUUUGGGAAUGACGGCCCAACGAAGCGUAGACGUAUAGAGCUCGUGGACUCCAGGUUAUUUGGCUCAUCGAAACCAGUGUCGCCUGAUAUCGACGAUAUAAACCUCACUGACGAUAAUCAGCGAAAACAGCCAGAGCCCAUGCAAAAACAGAAGAAACAGACUAAGAAAUUCACGAGCCUUACAGCUCGUGUAACAGCAAAUUAUCUCAAUGAUUCCCAUGAAGGAUCGGAUUCGCCAAGCAAAGAAAUCACUACUUCUCGAGAAAGUUCAGCAACUGCAAGAACUAAGGGCUCGAAAAGCAAAGGGAAAGCCGUCUCAAAAACCAAGGAGCCUGAAUUCAUAGUUCUUUCACCUGAAGAAGCCACAAAAUCUCUAGAAAAACAGGAACUCGUUUUCGGAACUUGUAGUCAGUUAGAGCGAGAGGAUUCUCCGACCUCACUAAAGGAGCUACAGGCAGCCAUCAGUGAGUCGGAGAGGUAUGCUAUGGCAGAGCCUUCUCCUCUGAGUUCAACACUAUGUGCAACACCCACAUCGCGUUUUACUACUGCAAGAGGUCUAUGGUCUGUUGCAGCCAGAGAUCUAGAAGGGUCAUUGAUUCGGCAGACAGAAGUUGUGGACCUGGUGGAUACGCCUGAGCCUGCUAAGAUGACGACCUCGAUCAACGAUACCCGUAAUGAGAAGGUGUUGGAGGAUGCUAACAUUGUUACUCUUGGAGAACCAUCUGAUUUGCCCCGGAGUGAGGCUCCUAGGCUCAAAGCUAUCCCAGCUGCGAGAAAAGAACCAUACCCGGUGCCUGGUAUACCCACGACGAAGGCUAGCGACAAACCUAAGGAAACCACCUCACAACAUUCUGAGCCACAACCUGAAAUGCCGCAUUACAGCGGUUUCACCGAUGCUAAAUUAUCGAAACAGGUUGCCUCGUACGGUUUCAAGCCCUUGAAAAACCGAAAGAAAAUGAUCGAACUUCUCCAAAAAUGCUGGGAGUCCAAGUAUGGUAAAAGCACAACCUCAGAAACUCAUGCUGGCUCUCAAACCACAUCCACAGAACCAACUCCCGAAAUCACCUCUUCCGAAUCCAAGACAUCUCAGAAACAGUCACGCAAAACCACCAACUCGCGAAAGACAACCACAAAGUCCAGAAAAACACCAUCAACCAACGACACUAUCACAGCCCCAAGCACUCAAUCAAAACCAACCCAAGCACCACCAACAUACUCCUUCAUCAACGUCGAAGAAAUCCAAGACUCAGAAGAAGAAACCCUACCUUCACCCUUCCGAGUCCAAAACCGAUAUACAUUCCAACCCCCCGAGACCCAACAAGCCUUACCCGUCUCAAAAACACUAUGUAGCCCAUCCCGCAGCAAACCCCGUACCAACAAGUUGACGACUAAUAAUGGCGCAAAUCCUGAUCAGAAACAACCAGAACUAACCGACCAGAUCCUCAAGGCCAUGCACGCACAGCCAGCGGGAACGCCUGGUCGUCCGAGCUGGCACGAGAAGAUCCUCCUGUAUGACCCUAUCAUCCUCGAGGAUUUCGCCACCUGGUUGAACACCGAGGGUCUAGGCCUCGUUGGCGAGGACCGGGAAGUCGGUGCCGGGUUCUUGAGAAAAUGGUGUGAGAGUCGGGGGAUCUGCUGUUGCCAUCGGUGA